AUGAUUUCCCAGGUGUCCCUGUUGAGGAGGCUUUGCUACGUGCUGUUAAUGGCAGGUUUGUUAGAAGCAACAUCUCUGAUGAAAGUAAAGAAUCCCGGAGGUAUUUCAUUUAACAUCGGCUCUGAUCAGGCACAUGAUUUCUUUACUAAUUCUCCCCCUAAGAGGAACAUUGAUCCAAAGUGGUACAGAGGCACGCCUGAUUUCCAGUCCUACUACCGCUUCUACAACAGUAUCGGACACAUUGAAGGACUCUAUGAGAUCGACAGGAUCAGAAUGUUGUAUCAGCAGAUGCGUCACUUGGAGGUAACCUAUGGCCCAGAUGCCUCCAGUUACCAAAAUGUAAUGGGUGUGCUGACUACCACCGCACCACCAACUACUAACACUCAGCCCCCUCCACCACCCACCACCCCUGCCCCCACACCAGACCCUCUGGAGAAUGCUCAGAGGAUCUAUCUGUGUAACCCCAAAGACCCACUGUGCAAACCUCAGAUCGUCUACCUGCCAACAGGGGCUGUUGCAGUACUGUGUGACCCACGAGUCAACCCCGCCUGCAGGCCCAAAACAGAGGAGGAGAUAAAAGCUGUUGCUCCUCGCCAACCACCCCCAGCUCCUCUGCCUCCCAAAAAGUCUGUGCAAACUCCCCCUCCUCUUACUGUCAAAGGUAUGGAGUAUGUCUGUGAUCCAUACUGGGACCCUGACUGCCUCAUCGAUCACCCUCCCCGCCCCAUCCAGGAAACACCAGAGGCACCCGCUGAAGAGAAAGAGGAGGAAGUAGCAGAAGCCAAGGAAAGUGUUACUAAAGAACCAGCCAUCCAGAAAAGCCCUUACUUCGACCCUUAUGAUUUCAAACGUGACCUUUACGACCCCUUGCGUUAUGCCGAUCCAGCUCCUGAACCACAGUAA